GUACAAGAAGCUACAGGCCUUCCCGCAAAAAAAAAAAAAAAAAAAGAAGCUACAGGCCUACCCCGUACGGCAGAAGAGUCACGCACUCACGCUCUGUUUUUCCCCAUCCCUCAAGAAGAUCGAUUCCUCCUCCACUGGUCCUCUCCCCUUCCUCCAAUCCUCCCCUUAUCUGCGCAGGAUCUCGGAAGCAGACCGGAGGAGCAGGGCCCGAUUCAUAUCCAUCAUCGGUAUCGAUGGCGAGAGGCAGAGGGGGCAGGACGAAGGGAGGUUCAGUGGGUCACAGCGGCAAGAGGGGCAGGCCCAGCGCCAUGGCGGAGGAGCCGGAGGGAGGAGCAGCGCGCAAGCGGAGGAAGCAGGAUGACCCAAAGGAUUCUGAUGGAAGCUUUCAUUCACCAGCUAAUGAGAGUGGUGACACUGGACCUGUUCAAGGAGAGGGCGUGAGGAGAUGUCCCAAUUGGGCCAAAUCAUCAGGCUAAGUUACCAGAUUGUACAUUUGGCAAGAAAAAGAGCAGUGUCGCCGAGGACUCUGCUGAUAGUCUCUCAUUUCUUUAUCUCGGUAGUGAUUGGAUCGAAAACAAAAGCAACAAGCAGGCUCCUGUGCGGUUUGGUCCUUGUCCAGCCGAUAGUAAUGCCAUGCCGCUGCUGACUCCAUCAUCGGGACCUCCCACUAAUCCUCCUCGGCCAGAAACAACAGUAGUUGUUCAUGAGUCCGCGGGAGGGGCCUUGAGCUCGUCAUUUGACUGGUCAAAGUUGGCAGAGAUGGCGCAGCAGGCAGCAGAGGGGAUCCACACUUGGAGCAGUGAAGUCGAGCGCCUUAAGACCAACCUCACAGAGGAGAAAAACAAGAAUGAGUGCCUUAAGAUCAUGCUCGUGGACGAGAAAGACAACAAUGAGUGCCUUAAGACCAACCUUGCGGAGGAGAAAGAUAAGAACGGGCUCCUUAAGACCAUGCUUGCGGAGGAGAAAGACAAAUAUGAGCGCCUUAAGACCAUGCUCGCGGAUGAGGAAGACAAGAACAAGUGCCUUAGGCCAACCUUGCAGAGGAGAAAGACAAGAACGAGCACCUUAAGGCCACACUUGUGGAGGAGGAGGACAAAAUUGGGCACCUUAAGACCAUGCUCACAGAGGAGAGAGACAAGUGUGAGCGCCUUAAGACCAUGCUCGCUGAUGAGAAAGACGAGAACGAGCGCCUUAAGAUCAACCUUGCAGAGGAGGAAGACGAGGAUGAGCCACUUAAAGGCAUGCUCGUGGGUGAGAAAGACAAAAAUGAGUGCCUUAAGACCAUGCGCAGCAGCUCUGGUCCCUGCCCAUCCUUUACAUUGACUGAUGCCAUGCCACUGCUGACUCCAACAUCUGGACCUGCCGUUGACACUCCUUGGCCAGAAAUGACAACAGCCAUUCGUGACUCCGCAGGAGGGGCCCCGACCACGCCAUUUGACUGGUCGAAGUUAACAGAGAUGGCUCAACAGGCGGUAGAGGUGAUCCUGACACAGACGAGUGAAGUGGAGCACCUUAGAGCCACGCUUGUGGAGGAGGCGAACAAAAUCGGGGACCUUAAGACUAUGCUUGUGGAGGAGAAAGACAAGAACGAGCACCAUAAGACAAUGCUCGAGGAGGAGAAGGACAAGAACGAGCGCCUUAACACCAUGCUCGUGGAGGAGAAAGAAAAGAACGAGCGCCUUCAACUUAGUCUUCACCAAGCAAACACCAAGUUGGGGCAAUCUAUGCCCUAUGCCGAUGUUUUGGGCAUUUUGGAUAAGUCGAUUGACAAAGCAUUUCAGAAACGUGACAUGAAAAAAUCGUCAUGGAAAAAGUUGUAGAUAAAGUAUGGUACGAUCUGUGUAAUUGGAUAUGCAGCUGUAGUAUUUUGUCAUGGUUGUGCAUCGCUAGAUUUCUGCUAAUCUGCCGUUCGGCACAGCAGUCUGGGCAGCAACCAAAGCCUGGAUUAUACCUAGCCGCGUCCGAUAGUCCAAGACCGAGAUGAAGGAGAAAGUAAUCCAGGUGGUCAGUGCUCUGAUACUUUUUCUGGAGUGUUAGGUCCAUAGUUCACCUUGUUAUGGAUACUUGUGUGCUGUACUAUGUACAGCCCUGUAUCAGGAUUGGUGGCUUCGAGUAACUAUUUUUUGUUAGUAACUUUAGAACAAAAUUUGUUGACCGAAAAUUUUCGUUGCCAAAUAUUUUUCUUGAGUUGACAGUUAAUUGAACUUGGACAAUCAAUUCUCCCCAAGAAUCAAAAUGAUAAUCCUUCUGGGGAAUGAAAAGUAUUUUCUUUGAGUUAAGCUGUUCUAGGCUUCACAUGAAAGAUUCUUUACUGAUUGAAGAUUGCAAUUCUAUGUUUAA